AAAGUGAAAAUACUUUGGGUUUUAAAUAUAACAGCUAAACUAAUAAUAAAUAGUAGUAGUGAGCAGUAGUCUGUUUUCAAACAGAGUGAAGUAUUUUACUCUUCUUUAAAAGUACUUUUCAAGUGUCUGUAAUUUAUCAGAGCGAUUUUCUUUAUAACACUUUACUUCACAACAUUCCAAAGCACAAUAUUGUACUUUUUACUGCACUGCGUUUCAUAUUAAAUAUACUUAUAUUUAAUACUUAAUUACAUUAGAAAUCUAGUACUCGUCUUAGGUAUUCUAUAGUCUUUGGGUCAAAGUGUUGUUGCGCCGUUCUGCGCACGUUGACGCAAUCUUGACGCUAUUGAGCGCAACGCCAUUACGCACGUGACUCGUCGCCGGCUCCUGCAGGCUGUUUCGAGCUCCGCUGGUUAUAUGAAUGAAAUCUACAGAUGAAAAUGUGUUGGAGGAAUAAUUGCAGUUUAAGUUAGGCAAAGGACAAUUUGGGGAUAUCGGAACAACUCUGUUUUAUAUAUCUGAGAGUAUUAAGGAAGAUGCUUUCCUUUCAAUUUUAAGUUAGCAACUCUUUUCAAUAUUUACCAUAUUGUUUGCGUAUCUUAUGCCAUUUGUCCUGGAGCAAACAGACAGAAGUUGCGAAUGAAGUCGUCGGAAUCUUGAGAGGAAUAUAAGUUAAAUCGGCCUAAACAUGAUAUCUCGUCAGAGUAAGGAUUUCCUCGUAAGGAUCGCCGGUUACUGGAAGCCGCUUUUCAGGGGCAGAUUUCUGAUCGUAACAAACACGGUGAGCUGCGGAGGGAUGUUAGCAGCGGGAGAUUUCCUCCAGCAGACUCGCGAGACGCGAAGGACACCCGGCCGAACACGUGACUGGACGCGUACAGGUUGUAUGUUUGCGGUCGGAUGCUCUAUGGGCCCUUUCCUGCAUUAUUGGUACCUGUGGCUGGACAAAUACUUUGUAGGCAAUGGCAUUAAGAAUGUCUGCAAGAAAGUGCUUACUGAUCAGCUGGUCGCAUCGCCAGCACUGGGGGCCUGGUACUUUCUGGGUAUGGGUAUGAUGGAGGGUCACACUUUUUCUGAGGCACAAGCAGAAUUCAGAGACAAAUUCUGGGAGUUUUACAAGGCAGAUUGGUGUGUUUGGCCAGCAGCUCAAAUGAUAAACUUCUACUUCUUGCCACCCAAGUUUCGUGUCCUUUAUGUGAAUAUAAUUACUCUGGGAUGGGACACUUACCUCUCCUACCUCAAACACAGAGACCGAGUUUUAAACAUUGAACAGACACAGAAGCUGAGUGAGCAGCCUGAAGAUGACUGAAGAAAAGGGAAUAUUUCAAACCACAGCUUCAAUCAUGAAAAAAUAAUUAAAUCUUAUUUUCCAAGACUGUUAAUGGACAACAUUCUGUUUUUAAAUAUCAUAUAAUACAAUUUUAUCCAGCAAUGCCAGGUACAUUGCACAUUGUGCCAUUGGAAUUUUGUUUUUAUUGUUUUGAAUAAUUUAAAUAGUAUUGAAAAAUUAAAUAAUUGUAAACAAAUGUAUUUGUCCAAAAUCUGUAUAUUUUUGACAUGUAUAGGGCAGUUUAUAAAAUCACACUGUUUACAUUAUAUUCUUAAAUAUUUUAUAGUUUUACUUUACUGUAAGAAGUAAUAUUUUCAGUUUGGUCAAACAUGUUUAUAAUAACAAUAGUGUGCCAAUAUUAUUUUCAUAUACAUUGGAGAAAUGCUGUAACAUGCUGCACAGGCAGUAAUGUUACUAUUGAUUGUUACUAUUAUGUUCAUAAAUGGCCUUUACAUGUAAAUUUUAACUAAUUAAUUUAGUUUUUGUAAUUAUACAUUCUAUGCAUUGGAUAGAACUUUUGAUCUCUGCUUUGUGAAACUGCCUGAAUUUAUGAUUAUUUAAUGGAAGAAAAUAAAAUUAUUUUUGUGUGUGUUGAAUAUUACC